AUGGACUUCGAAGCAAUCCACGAAAACAUCGAACAUGCCGCAAGUCAGGAGAUGCCUGAAAGAGACAAGAGAGGAGUGGUGUUACAAGUUAUAAAUGGCAGCAUCAGGGUUGCUGGCCAUGGAGGCAGGAAGGUCUGCUACAACGUCGUGGGUUGCUUCGACAUGAGAGGACUGCUGGCGCACAUCCGACUGCUGCCCAAGUCUCCUGCCGAACUCGCUACCCGGUUUCGGCUGCAUUCUCGCAGCGGCACAGACAUUCUCGACAUCUACGCCGCCGGCGGAAUGUCCUUGUCCAGGGCCUAUCGUCCUGGCGCGCCGCUUAAGAUCCUGACACAUGGUUUGGGCGGCAACGGCAACCUUACCUACCUGAACCAGAUGAAGGACGCCUUUCUGAGGCUGGAAGACGGAAACGUGGUCGUGGUGGACUGGGCGCGGGGCGCCUCGCUGCGGGACUACGCGCAGGCGUGCGCCAACUCGGAGCUGGUGGGCCGCGAGGUUGCCUUUCUGGUGUCCUCCCUGACACACAACGGCCUCGUGCUGCCCUGGAACGUGCACCUGAUCGGCUUCAGCCUCGGCGCCCAGCUGAUGGGCUUUGCUGCCAGGAGGCUGGCUCGCACCUACGGACUGAAGGCCGGCAGACUCACUGCAUUGGACUGCGCCGCGCCUUUGUUCGAGUUUCGCGGGCUUCAUCCCCGCAAACAGGACGUGCUGUACCUGGAUGCUGUGCACACGAGCGCCGGCACAAACUUGCUCAUGGGCCACGUAGGGCUACGCAGACCGUUCGGCCACAUAGACUUCUAUCCCAAUGGAGGCAUGCAGCAGAAGGGCUGCGAGGACAAAGGUCUGGCUUGUUCGCACGAGCGUGCCUACCUCUUCUUUGGCGAGUCACUGCGUCAGUGGACGCGCUGCCGCUUCAAGUCCAUUGCUUGGCCCGAAGGGUGCCGUUUCUAUAGCGGCAAGCGCUGUGGUCGUGGUCCAGCUAUGGGACUUGAGUUCGGCCGAAUGGGCUACUUCAGUCCGUCUACUAAGGCUCGGGGGGUCCACUACCUGGAGACCAAUGCGGAGCUGCCCUUCUGCAAAGAGUAAAGCACCCUGCCAGGCUGAAAGACACCCGAAAUAACUGUGUCUUUCUUCUGAC